GACGUAGAGAAGAAGCGUAGGCGUGGACGAUUAUCUUCCGUAAUGUCGGCGGUAGUAUCCACGUGUACGGUCAACUAAGGCCGGCGUUGCUUGGCGGUUCACGUCAGGUGCUGUGUUGCUGGUGACUCACGCGAACAAAAUAAAAACUGACUUAAAUAACCGCGUUUUAAAAAAGCGCAAACCACGCCACAACAAAUCUCUUAUCAACUUCAACUGUCCACCCAAUUAAUCUGCAAAUCCAUUGAAUAUCGCUUUUCCUUUUAUCCCUAUUCGACGUUUUUCCAUACCUCAGGGUUUCACAUUCAUUCCAUUUCAUUUUUCAUCAUUCUCAUUUUUCUCACCUUCCGAAAAAUCAAUUAGGUUAAAUAUCCCCAAUUUUUCUUCUUCUUUGUUGACAAUGCCGCCAUUUUUGUCGACCUCGAAGGCUCUUCGAUCCUUAGCGACACGCAAAAGCGGAUUCAAUCAAUUGAUUAGGUCUAGCAAGAGCAGCGAGAAUUUCGAUGGAUGUCGAUGCUUUUCAACCAUUGUUUCCAGAGACACCCAUCAGACUUUGCCCUUCGCCUCCUCUGGCAUUAGGUUUUUCUCCUUUUUGAGAAAUUUGGAUAGUUACAGCUCUAAUUCUAUCCAAUCGAGGCGGUUUAUUGGAUUUGGUGGAGAUGGUGCGGAAAAUGUUCUCUCCAAAACUUAUGAGGAGAAGCGCGUUUUGGGGUAUUCCCCGGAGCAAUUAUUUGAUGUUGUUGCGGCUGUUGAUUUUUAUCAUGGUUUUGUCCCGUGGUGUCAAAGGUCGGAGAUAGUUAAACGCAAUCCAGAUGGUUCAUUUGAUGCUGAGUUGGAGAUUGGAUUCAAAUUUCUUGUUGAAAGUUAUGUUUCUCAUGUUGAAUUGGAUAGACCUAAUAGAAUAAAGACAACAGUGUCAAAGAGUACCCUAUUUGAUCAUUUGAUAAACCUAUGGGAAUUUAGUCCUGGUCCGGUUCCAGGAACUUGCAAUCUCUAUUUUUUGGUGGACUUUAAGUUUCAGUCUCCACUUUACUCACAGGUUGCCUCAAUGUUCUUUAAGGAGGUGGCGUCUAGGAUGGUUGGUUCAUUCACUGAGCGUUGCCGCUUGAUAUAUGGACCAGAAGUGCGGGUCCUUGAGAACUCAUAUGGACAAAGGACAUGAAGCAUUUUUUCUCUGCAAUUAGUUUCUUGUCUUGAACAUAGUUAAGGUCUUUUUACAGUUUCUGCACUAAUUGGGCAGUUUCCGCUCAAUACUGAAUGAUUAACCAUCUCUCUUUCUAUUCUUUAGUGAUUUUUGUAAUUUAUUUAGACGGAUUUUACAAUGUAUUGUUUACCAUAUUGAAAGACAUCAAAUUGACAUUUUUUUA